AUGCGCGGUCGCCUUUGUGUGGGUCGAGCGGCGGCGGCGGCGGUCCCACUGGCAGGCGGGCAAGAGGGGAGUCCGGGCGGCGUCCGGCGUGGGAGCCGGGGGACCACCAUGGUAAAGAAGCGGAAAGGCCGCGUCGUGAUCGACUCGGACACGGAGGACAGCGGCAGCGAUGAGAACCUGGAUCAGGAGCUCUUGUCUCUGGCAAAGCGGAAGCGAAGUGACUCUGAGGAGAAGGAGCCACCUGUGAGUCAGCCUGCAGCCUCCUCAGACUCUGAGACAUCCAACAGUGAUGACGAGUGGACAUUUGGGAGCAAUAAAAAUAAGAAGAAAGGCAAGGCCAGAAAAAUAGAGAAGAAAGGAACCAUGAAGAAACAAGCCAACAAAACUGCUUCCUCAGGCAGUUCAGAUAAAGACAGUUCUGCUGAGAGCUCAGCCCCUGAGGAAGGUGAGGUGUCAGAUUCUGACAGCAACAGCUCCUCCUCCAGUUCAGAUUCAGACUCUUCCUCAGAAGAUGAAGAGUUCCAUGAUGGCUAUGGAGAAGACCUCAUGGGCGAUGAGGAAGACCGGGCCCGUCUGGAGCAGAUGACAGAGAAGGAGAGAGAACAAGAACUGUUCAACCGCAUAGAGAAGAGGGAGGUGUUGAAAAAAAGAAUGUGGAUAAACAUUUCCCCUUUCUUUUUAGCUGAGCUCCUUGCUAAAAAACAGCCAUUGAAAACCAGUGAGGUGUACUCUGAUGAUGAGGAAGAGGAAGAGGAUGACAAGUCCAGUGAAAAAUCAGACCGCUCAUCCCGAACAUCAUCAUCUGAUGAAGAAGAGGAGAAAGAAGAGAUCCCUCCCAAAUCACAACCAGUCUCCUUACCCGAGGAAUUGAAUCGGGUUCGAUUAUCACGGCAUAAGCUAGAGCGUUGGUGUCACAUGCCCUUCUUUGCUAAAACGGUCACAGGAUGUUUUGUACGGAUUGGCAUUGGAAACCACAACAGCAAACCAGUUUACCGGGUGGCUGAGAUCACGGGUGUUGUGGAAACCGCUAAAGUUUACCAGCUUGGUGGCACCAGGACAAACAAAGGGCUACAGCUACGGCAUGGCAACGACCAACGAGUGUUCCGCCUGGAGUUUGUCUCAAACCAAGAAUUCACUGAAAGCGAAUUCAUGAAAUGGAAAGAAGCGAUGUUCUCUGCUGGCAUGCAGCUGCCCACUCUAGAUGAAAUCAAUAAGAAGGAGUUGUCUAUUAAAGAAGCUCUUAAUUAUAAAUUCAAUGAUCAGGACAUUGAAGAGAUUGUAAAAGAGAAAGAAAGGUUCAGGAAAGCUCCACCCAACUAUGCUAUGAAGAAGACUCAGCUGCUAAAGGAAAAGGCCAUGGCUGAGGACCUGGGGGAUCAGGACAAGGCCAAACAGAUCCAAGACCAGCUGAAUGAGCUGGAGGAGCGGGCAGAGGCCCUGGACCGCCAGCGGACCAAGAACAUAUCCGCUAUCAGUUACAUCAACCAGCGGAACCGGGAGUGGAACAUUGUGGAGUCUGAGAAGGCCCUUGUGGCUGAAAGUCACAACAUGAAAAACCAACAGAUGGAUCCCUUUACGAGGCGGCAGUGCAAACCUACCAUUGUUUCUAAUUCCAGAGACCCAGCUGUUCAAGCUGCCAUCUUGGCCCAGCUGAAUGCAAAAUACGGUUCUGGAGUGUUACCAGAUGCUCCGAAGGAAAUGAGCAAGGGUCAGGGAAAGGAUAAAGAUUUGAAUUCUAAGUCAGCCAGCGACCUCUCCGAAGAUUUGUUCAAAGUACAUGAUUUCGACGUGAAGAUUGAUCUGCAAGUUCCCAGCUCGGAGUCAAAGGCUUUGGCCAUCACCUCCAAAGCUCCACCAGCCAAAGAUGGGGCUCCAAGGAGAUCGCUAAACUUGGAAGACUACAAAAAACGACGAGGGCUUAUUUGAGCGCGCCCAGCCUGCUGCUUCUGACCCUGCAUGCCCCAUCACAGUGUCCUCUUUUCCUCUUUUCCUUUGAUUUGCCCUCUUUGGGCUGGAGCAGCAGUAGAACUGGGAAGAGACUCUAAAACUGCCAGUCAUCUGUAAUAUAAACCAUUUGCUGUAAAGACCUCCCUUGUCUGCACCAUCUCCCACCCACCCGCCAGGCCUCUCACCCAGUGCGGGCCUGGGCUCUCUUGGGCUUUAUCCAUGUCUCUAGAUUUGUGUUUGCCUUUUUUUGUUGUUCCGUUUGUUUUUUGUUUUUGUUUUUAAACCAGCACAGUUCAUUGGCCACUCUGCACGCAUUCAGUAUUAGCGUGGAGCUGGGAUUCUUGCUGGAGCCCCUGGCGGCGGCGGCGGCGGCCCUCGGCAGCCUCCUCCGUGGGCUGCCUCGGACCCAACCAUUGACCAUUUGGCACCGGACCCUUGUGGGGGGAGUGGGGACUGGGCACCUGCAGUCCUCCUUCCUCCCUCCUCAUCUUUCUCUUCUUCCCAUCUCUGCAGAAGAGAGGUUUUCAAAUCCAAUUUAGUUUCCAAAAAGUGUACAUUUGUGGGGAGGGAGGGGGGGCUAUUUGGGGGAGAGAGAGAGAGAGAGAGAGUGUGUGUGUGUGUGUGUGUGUCUGUAAGUGUGUGGAUUUUUUUAUCAUUUUUUUAAACUGCAGUACUCUUUGUAUCAGUCUGUCAUGGGUCUAUAGCCGUUUCAGAUUUUUUUCAGCUGUACUCGAGCAUCUGAAACCGCAAGAAAGAAACUCAUUAAAUGUGAUUCUUCUUACUAAA